CUUUCCUUAAGUCGACUGGUAACUUUCUGCUGCCAGGGACUCACCUAUCAGUGUUAGACUCAGUGAAGACGCCGGAUCACCUUUAGCCUGAUCACAGCUUAAAACUGCUGAGCUCAAAUGAUGUACUGACCUCAGUUUCCCCGUAGCAGGAUUUGGCGGAGGGUGCCACUGGGCCUGGCCAAAUGGAACCACAUAUCUGACUGUGCCACUCUCUUGCUCAAAAAUCUUUAGUAUUCUCCUAUUGUAAUCCCAGUAUGUGACAUUUAAAAGCCUUUCCAGUCUGGUUCCUACCUAUUUUUCUAGACAAAUUUCACAUUAUUCCUCCUAAUUCGCUCUGUGUUCCACACAAAUGGAUUACAUGCUGUUCCUCAUACAUAACAUUCAUUACCCACCUCGGUGCCGAAGACUCUGUGUAGGAGGCAGCACCUGAGCUGGCCUUGGGCGGAAGGGAGGGGGAUUCUAUGAGCUGGAAGUAAGAGGGGACAAAUUUCAGAUCUGGGAGACCGCGGGAGUGAAGACAUGGAGGAGGAGUAUGGACUGUUAUGGACCGGGAACAGUGAAUAAGCCAAUGUGACUGGAAUCGAGAGUGUGAAAUAUAGAAGCAGAAAAUCCAACUAGAAAGGUAGCUGGGAGCCAUGUCAUGGAGGGCUUUUGGAACCAGCCUUAGAACUCUGCUGUCUUUUCUCUUAGAGGCAAUCGAGUGACAUUGUCAGAUCUGUGUUUUAGGAUCGGUGAGUUGGUGGCUAUAUGGAGGCUGAAUUGGGAAGAAGAGAGACUGGAGGCCCAGAGACCAAUUAGAAGGCCGAUAUCACAACAGGGUAGCCGAGAAGGGGUAAGGGCUGUGAGAGUGGGUAGACUGGGUGGUUAGAAGGUGACAUGUUGGAGAGAUGAUGUGAAGUGAAUGAGAAAACUGGACAGGGGAACACAUGUGUCAGGUGAGUUAGAGUAAGGGGACAAGGGUGACGUUAGCUUUUGGGGUAAAGAUAAUGAGUUCUGUUUGGAUAUAGUGAGUUUAAGAUGCCUGCGGAUCAUCCGGUUCAAGGUGUCCAAAAGCCUUUGGUGUUGUGAAUUUGGAACUCAGGAGAAAGACUAAGAGUGGAUUUAUAAAUCUGGGAACCAUUUGUGUAGAGUUGAUAAUCGAACAGGUCAGAGUGCUGGGGGGCACUCAUGAUUAGUAAGCAUGACAUUAGUAAAGAUCCAGCAAAGCGAGAGGGAGCAACCGGACUGGAAAUGUGGACAUAGAAUGGGUAACUGAUUGGAUCUGGGCAUUGAGGGAGAGGGAAGAGUCAAGGGUGACUUUGAGGCUCCAAAGUGAGUCGUGAUUUGGGGUAGUAAUGGUGCUAUGGAAGAAUAAGACAAAUUCCAUUUUGGAUGUCUUCUGUUUGAGAUGCCUCUGAGACAAUCGGUGAAGAUGUCCGGCAAACAUUUGGUGAUGUGGGACUGGAGUUUGGGAGAGAAAUUGGGCCCGAAUAUAAACAUUUGAGUGCUAAGAUCAGCAAGGGAGAGAAGAGAGGGGAUGUAGAAAAAAAGAACAGAAAAGAGAAAGACUUGAGAAAUUCUGGCCCUUAGUGGAUUAGAGGAGGAUCACCCGAUAAAGGAGAUCCAGGAAGAAUGGAGUCUCUGAAGCCUGGGGAGUAGCAUGGAUUUAUUUGUGUUCUUUAGGUAUAUAUUUAGGUACAUAUCAGUCUUUGCUGAUUAAUUAAGGUUUAUUGAUCACUAGUUUGAUAGCAUUUUAUCUCUGGUAGAGGAAGACUCAGUGAAUAAAAUUUAUCAUCCAGUAUUCUUUGAUUAUUGUUUGUGCCUGGGAAAAGCCUAGCUCAUUGGCCAACGCAGCCAUAAGCCGACCUUUGGCUCACUGGUCGGCUCACCAGUUAUGUGAGUUGUAGAUCCAGGGCCUUUUUAGAUGAAAUCAACUCUUCCAAAAUGGUAGUCUUAUGAACCCAGUCCCGUUAAGGGACAAGGCAUAGUAGGUAUCAAGGACAAGUCAUAUGGCUUAGUGGUUUGAAUCUAUAGCUAAGAGCUGAGCAAACGAUUCUUGAAAUGUUAGAUUGUUGGUCACGUGUGAGGCCCUUUUUGUUUAGAGUGGUCCAACUAGCCCCUGUUUUCUCUAAAGAUACUAAGAGGCGGAUUGCUCAAAUCUCUAGUAGGGAUGAUUCUAGGAGAGCUUUGGGCUUGUCGCUGUCACUUGAAUCAUAAGCUGGGUAGUGGAGUAGUCUUAGAACGACUCCUCUCGAGGCUCUCGGGACAGAGUUCAGAAGGUGACGGUUUGAGUGGCAAGCAGAAAGGACACCUCUCUGUGAAGUAGGGAAUUGGCCUCCCUGGCCUCCUUAGGGAGUCAUCCACUCGACUGGGGAAAGCAACCUGGUGAAAGGGUCUGGUAUUGUGGGCCUGAUCUUUGAUAUGAGUCCUUGUCCUCCUUCAGGCAGCUCUGCUUGUUUGGACACUUUUUAAGCAAAAAAGAGCUGAGGAUAAAUUGAAGUUGAGUCAUGUCGGAGGCGGUUGAUCUCUCCUUUCUCUCUGAGACAGAGAGGGACUUGAUCUUGAAAGUUCUCCAGCGAGACGAGGAGCUCCGAAAAGCCGAAGAGAAGCGGAUCAGGAGACUAAAGAAUGAGCUGCUGGAGAUCCGGAGGAAAGGGGCCAAGCGGGGCAGCCAGCGGUAUGGUGAGCGGACUUGUGCCCGGUGCCAGCAGAGCCUGGGGAGAGUAUACCCCAAGAGCAGCACUUGCCGAGGCUGUAAUCACCUGGUGUGUCGGGACUGCCGCACCCCUGGCGCCCAUGGCACCUGGAGGUGCAAGGUGUGCGUCAAGGAAGCAGAGCUGAAGAAGACAACUGGUGACUGGUUUUACGACCAGAAAGUGAAUCGCUUUGCUAAUCAUCUGGCCAGUGACUUAGUGAGAAUGUCACUGCGCAAGAAGCCAACAGCUAGUAAAAGGGACACAGUGGGACAGUCUCUUCUCCAGCAGUCCCACCUAAGUGAGGCCCGGACUGGGAUGAAGAGCACCCAGGAGCCACUAAAGGAGUUCAGCUUGUCAUUUGCUGCUUCAGAGCCCAGAGAUGGAAAGGAUUCUCUGGAGCCCGAGAGCACGAGCACGGACAAUAGCCAAGUGGAUGCCGUAGGCGACACUUGGAGAAACCCUCUGGAGAAAAUUGGAACCUUGCGAGAAAGCAAGAAAAGCUCUGAGGGCCCAGAGUGCAGCACUUCUGUGGCCGUUGCCGGCAAGGCCGAAGCUGGCAAGGCCGAAGCGGAUGAUGAGGUCCAGCCUUCGGGGCAGACUUUGGGGUUUGCGGAAGAGACUGAAAUGAUAUUCAAGAAGAAUCCCAGGAGAGCCCUGAGGCCUUCAGAGUAUACUAAGUCUGUCAUGGAUCUUCGCCCAGGAGAAUUAAGCCCUGGUAAUGGCUCCUUGGGAGACAGAAGCAGGUCUGUCCCGGGCCUCAUUGCAGACAUGGAGGAGGAAGAGGAGGAGGAGGAAGAAGACAUCGAUAGCCUGGUAGAGAUCCAUCGGCAGAAAACAGCAAGAAACAGUCUGCGUAGUGGCUCUUCCUUGAACACACUUGGCAGCAUGGUGAGCAUCUACAGUGAAGCUGGUGAAGUCAGUAACAUCUUGAUAACGGGGGAGAUUGCUGUCUCCUUGAAGUAUGAGCAAUCCUCCCAGACCCUGCUGGUCCGUGUAAAGGAGUGCCGCCAGCUGGCAUUUGCCGAUGACAUCAAGAAGCGCUCAAACCCGUAUGUGAAGACUUACCUCUUGCCUGAUAAAUCCCGACAGGGGAAGCGUAAAACCAGUGUCAAACAAGGCACUAUCAACCCAGUGUUUGAUGAGGUUUUCCAAUAUGAGAUCCCCAAAUCCCUACUGUCUCAGAGGAUUUUACAGUUUUCUGUCUGGCACCAUGGCCGCUUGGGCCGCAACACUUUCCUGGGAGAGGCUGAAGUCAACAUGAACUCCUGGAAACUUGACAAGCCUUUUGAUCAGUGGCUCCCCUUGCAUGGAAAGAUCAGUGCUGAGACCCUGGCUAGCAUCCUGCCACAGAAGGGCGAGUUGGUGGUUUCACUGAAGUACAUCCCGGCCUCCAAACUGCUUGUUGCUGGAGACCACAAAAAAGGCAAAGGUGGAAAUGGAGGAGAGCUCCAGGUAUGGAUCAAAGAAGCCAAAAACCUGACUGCUGCCAAAUCUGGAGGCACCUCAGACAGCUUUGUCAAAGGAUACCUCCUUCCCAUGAGGAACAAGGCCAGCAAACGCAAAACUCCGGUAGUGAAGAAGAGCUUGAACCCUCACUACAAUCACACCUUUGUUUACUAUGGAGUGAAGCCUGAGGACCUGCAGCAUGUGUGCCUGGAGCUGACCGUGUGGGACCGGGAGCCCUUGGCCAGCAAUGAUUUCCUGGGAGGGAUCAGGCUGGGUGUGGGUACCGGCAUCAGCAAUGGGGAGAUGGUUGAGUGGAUGGACUCUGCUGGUGAAGAAGUGAAUCUGUGGCAGAAGAUGCGUCAGUACCCGGGCUCCUGGGCAGAAGGGACCCUGCCGCUGCGUCCCACCAUGGCCAGGCAGAAGCUGGGAUCCUGAGCUGUCGCUGGCCCUGGAGCUGCAGGACCACCAGGCGGGCCAAGCUAUGGGAAGCGGGGCCGGUAUUCGUACUGCCUCGCUCCCUAUGCAGACGCACACUCGUGCAUGUGUGUAUGUGUGUGUGUGUGUGU